AUGCGAAAUGCAGGAGGCCCUCUGUUUCAUACAUUUUAUGUUGUUCCAUCAUCCACAGCACCAAUAACAACAUCGGUUUGGUUGGAUUUGUAUAAAUCUGGCCAGUGGGCAUCAUAUGACUAUGUUUUGGAAUGGCAUCAUGUUGAAUUCUCAACACAAUUACAUGUUGAAAACAAAGAUGAAACUAUUGAUACAUUUGGUUCAAUAGCAACUGAAUUACCGAUAGCACAAGAAGAUGAUGAUUUGAUAGAAACAGAUUUAAAAACAAUGGAUGGAAAGAUUAAUAUUGUUCAAAAGUUAACUGAAUCAAUCAUCGAAUCAAGUGAUCUAGAAGUCUUUUCAGAAAAUUAUUUUAUAUUAAGCAGGAUAUAAAGUACUGCAGAUAAUGUACAUCCUGAAGUAUUCAACUGGCUCUGAUGUAUUUUGAGUGAGUUAUGAAUUUUUUAAUAUUAGCAGAAAACAGCCGGAAAAGACUAGUUUUCGUAAAACUAAGAAUUCGCUAGAUUUUCUGAAAAGAAAACAUUGCCACAAGAGUCAGUAUCCUAGUUUUCCUCCUUUAUCCUAGUAAAAGUCUUAGACACUUCUUAAAAUUAUCUUACGUAAGAUCGUUUAAAAUCUUAAUAAGAUUUAAUGACUCUUCUUUCAUUCAUCCUUUUGUUUUGCUCUCAUUCAUUCAUAUAAGUAACACUGAAACUAUGACUGAUUUUACAAUUAUUUUUCUUCCCUCUGAUAGUAUUUGGUCUCUCGAAAAUGCUCAACAACUUUUCAGAGAGGGUGCAUGCAAGUCAAGAUUCAUGGUUGGAUACCCGAAAAUAUGAAAUUUUUCUUCAUUUUUCAAUACUGUUCAACUGCUGCUUUGGAUAAUGCGAGUUAAAAAUUCGAAAAUUCUCAGCGAAUCUUGAAUGAAUAUUAUUAAGAAAACGUCGUCAUUCUUACUAUUAAAAUCCUAACAAGUUCUUGCCUAAUCUUGAAAAAAUCUCAGACAGUAAGAUGCACCCAGGGCAGCCUUGCAGUGAAAUUUAUUUUUCGACACUUCAUACACCAUUCGAUAGAGAAUUUCGCGGUGAUCACGAAUAUCACUUCCAAGGCUCUCAGAACCCUUUCCUCACUG